GCACUUCACUCAACUAUUUACAGCACUUUUCAAGAAGCCCGAGCAGAGACCCUUCAUCCAUCCAGUGUGCGGACAAUGUUAUAGGGAGCGGACCGAGGAGCCCUUCUAUCCCCUCCCAAGAUGCCGCGAUCCUUCCUGGUCAAGAAACACUUCAACUCCUCCAAGAAGCCCAACUAUGGGGAGCUGGACAGCCACACAGUGAUCAUCUCUCCAUUCCUAUAUGAAAGAUACCCGGUGUCAGUGAUCCCCCAAGCAGACAUCCUCAGCACGGUCGCCUACAGCCCUAUCACAGUUUGGACUAGCCUGCUCCCUCCGCCCCUGCCCAAUGACCUGUCACCCCUGUCGGCCUACCCUUCAUCGCUGGGACGCGCCAGCCCCCUUCCCCAAUCGGACGGCUCAUCCAAAGACCACAGCGGCUCAGAGAGCCCGAUCAGCGACGAGGAGGAGAGGAUCCAGUCCAAACUUUCCGACCCCCAUGCCAUAGAUGUGGAAAAGUUUCUAUGCAGCUUGUGCAGUAAGACCUACUCCACCUUCUCCGGGCUGGCCAAGCACAAGCAGCUCCACUGCGACGCUCAGUCUAGGAAAUCGUUCAGCUGCAAAUACUGUGAAAAGGAGUACGUGAGCCUGGGAGCGCUAAAGAUGCACAUCAGGACCCAUACGUUACCUUGUGUGUGCAAGAUCUGCGGAAAGGCGUUCUCCAGACCCUGGUUGUUGCAAGGACACAUCCGAACUCACACAGGAGAAAAGCCCUUCUCAUGCCCACAUUGCAACAGAGCUUUCGCAGACAGGUCGAACCUAAGAGCCCAUUUGCAAACCCAUUCAGAUGUGAAGAAAUAUCAAUGCAAAAGCUGUUCCAAAACUUUUUCCAGAAUGUCCCUACUGCACAAGCACGAGGAGUCUGGCUGUUGCGUAGCACACUGACACUCGGCAGUCAACACAUGAGCGCACGCUGUCGGAUCAGUCAGGACUUGACAUGCCUUAUUCAGGGUUCCUUUACACAGCCUGGGGACAAUCCUAAGGUCCUUUACCUCUGCCUACCAAAGAAUCAAACCAAAGCCAUUUUUACCAUGGAUUUGACAUUCCGAAUGGGGAACGGCACCUUUCAGCAUUGAAGCAAAAGCCCUCUAAGCUUCAGAUUUAUGUGACUUUUGAGAAAAAUGCCUACAGAGAUAAAGAUCAAAUUCUUGCCUAAACCAUUUCAGCCGGAUAGUAUUUUCUUUCACAGUGCCUUAAUAAUUCUUCAGAAUCUCAGGUGCCUUUUUUUUGGUCAGAAUUGUUUUAUAUUAUCACUGUUUUGCUAUGACAAUGAACAUUCGUAAGACUUUACUUCAAUGCAAACGAUCAAACCCAAAUCAUAUGGCCAAGUUAAGAAGUUCUGCCUUAAAGGACACGUGCCUUAAGAAAAGAAAAAAAAAAUGUACAUUUUCUGCACAGCAAAAACUUUUGAUAUUUUACAUAUUUUUUAAAUGGGAGCAAGUGCAAAAAUCGAGGGUUUAUGGGAGGGUUAGGUUGUAGAUAUUGAAGUGCACAAAGAAAAUGCCUUGUACAUUUUCAGCGGUCUCUGCAUACAAACCCUCUGCCUUUUUUUAUAAUAAUUCUGUAAAAUAUGUGAAUAUAUUGUAAAUGGCUAUAUUUUUAUAUAUGUUUGUGUGUGUGUGUGUGUGUGUGUGUGGGAAUGAUGCGUAAAGCUGCGUGCAGCUUUCAGACCAACUUGAAGAAUGAAUGGCGUAUAUGUUUUCUAAGUCUUUUUUAUAAAAGAAAUAAAAUAAUUUUUUGGGAUA